UUGGAAACAAGUAAGAGAAAUUAAUUUUGAAAAAUGUCCGAUCAAGUGGAUGAAAUUGAAGAAACCGAGGACUUCCAUGAUUUGGAGGAGUUCAACGACGACGAGGCCUCCGGCAGCGGCACACAGCAGCCAAAGAAUAAACGAUUCGUGGUGAACAAGUGGGUGGCCUAUGCCCUCUGGUCCUGGGAUGUGGCCGUGGACAACUGCGCGAUCUGCCGCAACCACAUCAUGAAUCUGUGCAUCGAGUGCCAGGCGGAUCCCAACGCCAACAAGGACCUGUGCACCGUGGCCUGGGGCGAGUGCAAUCACGCCUUCCACUACCACUGCAUCGCUCGCUGGCUGAAGACGCGCCUCGUGUGCCCUCUGGACAACAAGGAGUGGGUUUACCAGAAAUACGGCCGCUAGGCCAAAGCAUUGGGUCACA